GUGAUAGACUAGAGAACAAGACUUCUGUCUCCGUAGCAUCUUGGAGCAGUCUGAAUGCCAGAAUGGAUAACCGUUUUGCUACAGCAUUUGUAAUUGCUUGUGUGCUUAGCCUCAUUUCCACCAUCUACAUGGCAGCCUCAAUUGGCACAGACUUCUGGUAUGAAUAUCGAAGUCCAGUUCAAGAAAAUUCAAGUGAUUUGAAUAAAAGCAUCUGGGAAGAGUUCAAUGCUGAUGAGGCAGAUGAAAAGACUUAUAAUGAUGCACUUUUCCGAUAUAAUGGCACAGUGGGAUUGUGGAGACGGUGUAUCACCGUGCCCAAAAACACACACUGGUAUACUCCAUCAGAAAGAACAGAGUCAUUUGAUGUUACAAAAUGCAUGAGUUUCACACUAAAUGAGCAGUUCAUGGAGAAAUUUGUUGAUCCUGGAAACCACAAUAGUGGAAUUGAUCUACUUCGGACCUAUCUUUGGCGUUGCCAGUUCCUUUUACCUUUUGUUAGUCUAGGUUUGAUGUGCUUUGGGGCUUUAAUUGGACUUUGUGCUUGUAUCUGCCGAAGCUUAUAUCCCACGAUUGCCACGGGCAUUCUCCAUCUCCUUGCUGGUCUGUGUACACUGGGCUCAGUAAGUUGUUAUGUUGCUGGAAUUGAACUUCUCCACCAGAAACUAGAGCUGCCUGAGAAUGUAUCCGGUGAAUUUGGAUGGUCCUUCUGCCUGGCUUGCGUCUCGGCUCCCUUACAGUUCAUGGCUUCAGCUCUCUUUAUCUGGGCUGCUCAUACCAAUCGGAAAGAGUACACCUUAAUGAAAGCAUAUCGCGUGGCAUGAAUGGGAAAUUGCCUGUUUUACCAUUGCUAUUUUUAAUAUUUUUUAAUAUUCAUAAUUCCCUUGCCUCCCAAUUGUUUUUAAUUUAAUUUUUUGUGAAUAUAUCACUUUAUCCUGAAAAUCGAUUUUAUUUAUACACCCUACUAAAUGUGCACUUAAUAACACCAGAAUUUAUGUGGUUUACUCUGAGUGAUUUCAUCCUUUCAAACAAACCAGUCAGCAUCAACCUCUAGACAGAAAGAAGUAGAUAGAGUUGACAUAAAUUUAUGAAAGAAAAUUGAAAGUGCAAAAUUGACCCAGAACAGGUUUUGCUGAUGUCUCUUUUAGACUUUCUGGUAUAAGUAAAGUAUCUCCAUCUGUUGAACUAGAAACUAAUUUCUUUGGGAAACUUCUUAUGAAUGUUAAAAACAUACUUACUUUACUUUUGUAGUCAGCUAGUGGUAUUAGUGUUACUUUCAGAAACUUAAGCUCCAUAAAAUUGGGAAAUUAUCUAUGAUCUUUUUCCCUAAACUUUGGCACAUACCUUCAUCUAAGGUGAAAUAUGGUAGCUGUUUAUAUUUACAGUGUCUCUACAAGAAAAGAAGAAGUGAAAAAAUGUAGUGUUUACGUGAAAUUUUAAUUUUGUAACUGCAAAAGUUCCAAUUCAGCCAGAUAAGUGAAUUAAUCUUAAUUUAUUUUAUUAGUUUUUAAAAUCUCAUUAGGAUUUUCAGUACCACCAAACCAUUUUGAAUUUUGCUCCUUCUUAUAUACCAGGUUUAUUAAAAGAGUGCUUUCUUGUUUUUGUUUUUUGUUUUUUUGUUUUUUGGUACCGGGGAUCGAAUUUGGGUCCUUGCGCUUGCACGGCAGGCAGUGAAACCACUGAGCUAAAUCCCCGGCCCAAGAGUGCUUUCUUUUUAACAGUAGGAUUUCUAAGUAAAAUCUCCAACAGUUUUCUGUUUAUUCCAAUUAAGUAUCACAAAGUUCUACUGUAAUGACACUCCAGAGCUGGGAAUACUACCACAAGAUCUAAAGCUGUGGCUGUCCAUUAACCUCCAACUAUAGUCUUUAUUUCUUGUGGUGAAAUGAUGUGCCUUUCCUUGCCUAAAUCCCUUCCCUGGUCUAUCAACAUUAUAUAGUGUCUUCUAAUUCAGUCAUUUUUUAUAAAUGUCUAUAAACAUUGAAGUUUUAAAAAUCUUAUUUAUUUAUUCCAUACUGUAGCAUUUGACAUAUUAAAAAAAAUGUAACAGUAAUUUCUUACCAUAUCCUAAAUCUGUUUUUUUUUUACAAAAUAAAAACGAGAAGAGACCCAGAGAUUUGUGUAUAGUGUCUGAAUUGAUUUAAAUCUCAGUGAAUUAAAAUAAUGGGAGAUCUUUGUGGUUCUCUGUGGAAAAUUCAUUAAUACUCUGCAAGCCUAACUUUAUGUCUUGUGUUUGGAUUUAUCUUCCAGAAAAUGUGGCAACUGUUUACCCCUAUUAGAAAAUGAGAGGUUUUUUUUUAUGUUUCAGAAUUUUAAAACUAGUUUUAAAAUUAGUUUUUUGAUUUCUAUACUUAACAUGACUAGUUUCCUAUAAAAAGUCAUUUAAUGGUCAUAGAUGUUUGUGUUUUAUAGUAAAGAAGUAAGUCAGCUUCUGACUUGUGACAGUCAGCAUUACUCUGUAGCCAGGUGCUUGUGAAAUGGCUGAUUACCUAGAUAGAUGUCUAAUUUCCCUUUUUGUUUGUUUUGUUUUGUUUGGUACUGGGCCCUCUGAUUUUUAAAACAGUACUGGGGAUUGAACAUACAGAGUGAUAAAAUACAUCCUCAGCCCUUUUUAAAAAAUUUUAUUUUGAGAUAGGGUCCUGCUAAGUUGCCUAAGCUGACCUCAAAUUUGUGAACCACCUCCUUCACCCUCUUCCAGUAACUAGAAUUAAAGGGGUGUGUGAACCAUUGGGUCAGGCAGGUUUCUACCUAUUUCUCCCUAUCCUUAACUCUUGAAGUUUCAUUGAUUUACAGCACCUUCUGUGGCAGGUGGAUAGGAGAAAAGCUAAGUGAACAAAAAACAUUUAAGAAUGGGAUUUAAAAAUUGUUGGCAGUAUGACGUUUGUAUUAGAAAGUUGUUUUAAAUACCUGUCCUUGCCUUUUACUCCCAGAGUUAUCUUCAUAAGUGUCUAUAAACCAUACUUUAAUGUAAACUGGGAAGCAGAAUUGCAUUUUUGGAUUAUAUAUCCUUACCAGUAGUACUUUUAAAUUUGGAAAGCUAGUACUAUAAUCCUUAUGCUGAAUAUGUGUUGUAAUUAGUAUUUUUAGUCCAAUGUAGUGUCUGAGGUCACCCUCUCUUGCAAAGACUUGUCUGUAUUAAUACAUAGGGCUGUGUUGUUUAAUGUAAAAACAGUUUUUCUAAGGCUAAACCAUAUGAAAUCACUCAGACAAUCAUUUUGAUCAAUCAUACCUAAAGUCAGUGGAAAGGUAAAUCAUCUUAAUCUCCAUUGAAUUUUUGAAAGCAACCCCCAAAGUAAAAGAAUUCCAGACUUCAUUUUGGACAUAAGUUAUGACAACUGAAAAAAUAUGCUUUAAGACCUUGAUUUAUAGUUUCUAAUGAAAUGAUAUGGACAAUAUGGAUAAAAUGAGUCUUUUUUAGCAAAAGACAUUUCAAAGUUGGUAUAAAAAAGGCAGAAUAAUUCUAGAAUUUAUUUGGAUAACACCAAGUGUGCCUACUAUCUAUAUCACAAUACACUACAGUAAUGUGUUAAAAAAUAACACCUAAGUAUCAGUGUGUAUAUUAGGAGGGAGGGUAGUUAAUAACUCAGAUGAAUUCAUUUAGUAGUGUGAUUGAGAAGAGUGAGAUGAUAAUUUAACAAACCUAGAGUUUUUUCAUUCCAGAAAGAAAUAUCACAAAAUUGCAGUCUUAGCAUUAUUAUAACUUGUAGAUCCGGUCAUAUUCAGUUGACUGUAAGAUGUGUAGUAUGAGAGCAUUUUAAUGUUUAAUUCUUAUGUAAGCUAUCAUGUAAAAUAAAAACUUGUUGAAUUAACUCAA